CAAACCAACGAAGAAAAUCUCGAUCGUCGUUCGUUUUCUGGUUUAGGUGGUUGUGUUUAUGUCCCGCGAUUUCGAGUGCAAAAUUACCGUCCCAAAGUUUUGUUUUUGUUCAAAAACCUUAAUAAAACAGUGGAUGGCAAUACCUAGUGGAAGGCGUUUAUAAAAUUGAUCAAAAUAAAAGCUGAAUUUGGGGUUAAAAGUCCGUUUGAAAAUUGAACAAUAUCGGAGCCAAGGCAAGACAAAAAAAAGUCUCAGUGACUUCAAUUCGCCUGCAGCAAGGAACGGGUCGGUUGGUCCGCAGCAUCGCAUUCGUGGUCAUGAAUAUUGUGGAUGAGAGAUGAGAGGCAGAAACAUAAAAAUUCCGAUUGUAUGCGUGUUUUGGUGUCUAAUUUUUGCUAGUUUGGAUUAUGAAAUUGUGUGACUUGUAACAAAAUACAAAAUACUGAACGAAUCUAUUGAAGGGUACCAAGUUUUGGAAGGUGAAGCUGAUUUGGUAUGAGACAGUGCUGAAUAAAAUGAAAAGCCUUUGUCCACAAGAAGAUUGUUGAACCUGGGUAAUGUUCGAAGAUAAUGACAGCUUUCUAUAGUUAAAGAUUUUUGUACAUGUGUAUGCGUGAUAAAUAGUGGAAAGGAAUGCAGCAGCAGGCCCAUCCAUCGAAGUGUUUCACAACAGCAAAAAUAAUUGGACGAUCGACGAUCGGUGGAUUACUUGUGAAAGGCAACAAAUUGAACAUCGAGUCCGGGGGUGAAAUGAGUAUGGCCUUGUUACCAUGUUUCCGUGAUUUUCCCCAAAGCACUGAGGAAAUGUACUAAAAAGCUUGAUUUUUUAGAUCGUGGAAAUUGAUCGGGAACUAACAAUCGGAAUGCACGGUCACAGAAGAAGGAAAAAACGUCCCAGCUACGGCAUUCGGACGGUGGAGGUCAACAGAGGAUUCAAUGGGUUCGGAUUCACAAUUUCCGGGCAGCAGCCAUGUAUUCUGUCGUGUAUUGUGGCGAAUUCACCAGCCGACUUGGCCGGACUGAGGGCAGGGGACUUCCUAAUCUCGGUGAAUGGUCUGAACGUAUCGAGGCUGCCUCAUGAAGCUGUAGUACAGCUUAUUGGAAAUACUUGUGGAGCAAUUAAGAUGGCAAUUGCGGAGAAUUAUUACUCGGACAGUUCGGAUGAUGACAUUCUGUUUCAGGGCAGUCAGCAAAGGGCUCGACCAAAGUAUCCCCAUCAUAAGACUAAGUUCAAUCGGACCACUGUCGUUGGGAAACAGCCCAAUCUAUCUCCAGCCGAUCUGGUAGGAACAUGUGAAAGUGCCGCAUCAAUAAUGGUGAACGAUUCUCCAACGGCUUACAAUGUAAUUCAUAGUCCUAACGCGAGCAACAGCUGUGAUAUUUCAAAUGUGAGUGCAAUGGUACGAUCGGUUCAACUCGCUCAGGAAGAGGAACCUCGAGCAGGACCGUCACAAACUCGGGAAGAACAGGAAGUUCUGCUGGAAUACAAAGCAGUUGUCGGCUACCUCGGUACCAUUGAAAUGCCUAAGCAGAUAGCGACAAGUUCUAAAUUGCAAACGGUUCGAAGUUGCAUCAGAAAGAUGAGACAAGAGAAACGGAAUCCAACGACCGUUCUAAUGACGAUCCUUCCGUCCUGUUUAAAUUUGAUCAAUACUAGCAAUGCAGUGAUUGCCAAAUAUUCAUCAGUUCGAUUGAAUUACGUGAGCAGCAGCAGUGAAAAUGAUAACAGAUACUUUGGACUGGUUACAUCUGCUAUCUACGCCGACGGAUUAAUGUGUGAAAAUUCAGAAAUACUCAAUGAAAGGAAGGAUCUUGUAAUUUCCAACAGUUGUCACGUGUUUGUCAUUGAUUCCAAACUUGUUGAUCAUCCCAUACAUUUAGAAAAGGCUGAUUUAUUCAAGAUAAUUUGUACAAAAGAUCCAAUUACAAACCUGUGCCUAGAAUUUCCUAGUAAUUCGGAAUACGUGGUCAAUCUCAUUCGUAGCAUGUACAACCUUAAAGCACCUAUCAAACCGGAGGGUGUUCCGUACGGCAAACCACCUGUGGCACGAAGUCUCAAUCUAGAUCAAGCUCCACGUGGCUAUCAUCGAGCAAUCAACGAUCCUCGUCUGAACCCACGAGCUAUUGAUGAUGCUCAUGAUCUACUGGUCUCAAAUUCUCCCCAGCCGAGUAAUCACAGUGAAAUAACAACGACGUCUAGCAAUUCGGACUCCGGUAUUGGGUUUCAUAAUGACUGUCGCAACAUCUCCGACAGAAUUCUUGUGGUAGACUUUCCGGGUAUAUCCAAUCAUCAGAUAGCUAACGUUCGUGCACAUUUUCGCAAAUCUGUCCCAUUUGGUGCAUUACCCAAUCGUCCCACCGGAAUUAUCCACGAGGUUCCUCCAAAAUUAGACCCUAUACGGAAUAUUCGUUCAACUUUGGGUCCUGAUCAAUUCUGUCCUCAGAUAUACCACGGCAAAUCAAAAUCCGCCGAUUACAAUUAUCCAUCGACCUCUGGUUUGAUCGAUCGUCUAACGGUACGAGCUCGUCCGGACACAAAAGCGUUCAUAUCUGACCGCUCUCCGAGUAAAGACAACGCUCUCAACAGUUUCAACGAUCAAUCCCUCCCCAAGUAUGAAUCGCUUUAUCCGCAACACGCGACACUAGACGAUGGAUGGGUAUCCGGAAAAACCGUCGACGAUUUAGGCAACGUUGUUCAAGAACGCCCCGUUGAUGUUCCCAAGCUCGAAGAAACAUUCCUCGAUCUCCAGUGUUGCAACAAUGAUAACGUGAAAAAUAGCAUGCUCGCCGCUCGAUCUUGCGACGAUAUGAUUUUGUCUCUCGAAAGGGAAAUCUUCGACUCGAAAGCCCCGCUCUCCAUCAACGAUCUAGCUCUAUUGGCGGAUAAGCCGUUCACACCAGUCGAGCAGGAACACGUGUUCUUACAGCCGGCGAAACCCAUCAAACGAUCGAAGAAAGCUUGUGCUCAUAAAAAUGAAGCUGCCGGUAAACCAGUGGACGAUGCAUCCGUUUGUGGGUCCUCGUCCAAUAGGUCCAGCUCGCAACUGAUGUCCUACAAGCUUAGCCCGAAAGUGUUUGGACUGUCGCGGCCCAUGUCGAUGAGUUUCGAGAACAUCUCCAGUGUUGCCUUGGUGGGCGAUGCACGUAAGCAGUCCAAGGAUAGUGGUAAAGACGAACAUGGAUCUAGUGGAGGUGACCGAAGAAGUAGACCUACGAAAAGGCUUAGUGGGGGGUUCUCCGCCAUUUGGGGGAGCUUGCAGGAGCUGAGAAGUAGCACGAAACAUCAGGAGGAUAAUAAUAGUGUUGGUGUCGGUGACGCUGGAAGUGGUACAGUGAGUGGGGCUGAAGUGUGUGAGAAGUCCAAGCGGAAACAGGAACGACGACUAAGUGGCUUCAAGAUUCUGGAGGCAACGUAUAGUGAACCGAAUCUGCGGUAUGAUGAGAACAAACAAAUCAAUCACAAUGCUUCGCCGUUUCGCCGUUGGGGCCAGUCAUCGCUGCGGUCCCGAUCGGGUGACCAACGAACACCCGGUUCCUCUCACCGGAGGCCUUCAUCGCUGGCAGCUUCGGAGAGCGACGUCUACACCAAAUCCAUUGACGAUGACUACAGUUCGACCAAGAGUGGAUACAACCCGUACAUUGACGCUGGCAGUACGGUAACGACCGAUUCAACGCAGACGGCCGGCACGGGCAGCAAUAGCGGAGGUCCGGUAGGAGUCGCAUCCUGGGGAACUUCGUUUGAGAAACUUUUAGAGGAUGCAGCUGGACUGCACACGUUUUCAGAAUUUCUUAAAAAGGAGUUCUCCGCCGAAAAUAUCUAUUUCUGGACGGCGUGUGAACGCUAUCGGCAGAUUACGGAUCGGGAAGAACGCGCUAAGGAGGCCCAAGCCAUUUUUGCCAAGCACCUCGAAUCGGGUUGCAGUGAGCCGGUGAACGUGGACUCGAUCGCUCGGAAUAUUGCCAAGGAAAAUCUGCCCCAGGCAGAACCAACUCUGUUUGCCGCCGCUCAGAAGCAAAUUUUCAACCUGAUGAAGUUCGAUAGCUAUCAACGGUUCAUCAAAUCGGACAUGUACAAAACGUGCCAGGAUUCAGAAGCGAAAGGUCACCCUUUGCCCUAUCCGGGAGAGCAGUUGGAUCCAUUGCUGAGGAUCGGUUUCGCACUACAAAGUACGACCAAACUGAAGAAGUCGUUGAGUAAUGCUGAGGAUAGGCGACGGAAAUCUUUGCUUCCAUGGCACCGUAAGACCCGGUGCAAGUCUAAGGACCGCGCGGAGUCCGAGGGCCGCAAAGAAAGCGCAAAAUCUUCGCUUUCUAACGGUGGUGGAACCGGAGGCAGUAGUAAUACGCUAAAGGUUAUGUCCACUAAUUCUACUAGUGAUAUUCAUAGUUCUAGGAGUUCCUUAGCUAGCUUUGAUGCCGCCAUCGGCAAGUCGUACGAUCAGGACGACACCCGUAAUAUUUUGUGCCGAGUGAUAUUGUCGAAUGGAGCAACAACGGUUGUUCAAACACGGUCCAACGAAACAAUCAAGGAACUAGUCGAGCGAUUGCUGGAAAAGCGUGGUAUCGUUUACAAUGCGUAUGAAGCCUUUCUGGCCGGUAAUCACAAGCCUUUGGACCUGGAUGGUCCAUCUUCUAGUCUUGCUGGGAAGGAGGUGAACAUUGACCAACGGGUGGUGUUCAAGUUAAGCCUUCCGAACCGAAAAAUGAUUUCCGUCAAAAGUAAAGCCACUAAGCCAUUGGGCGACGUCCUGCGACCCAUACUGUUAAAAUAUAACUACGAGUUGGAUCAAAUGAAUGUCUAUUCCAAAGAUGCCUAUUUGGAUAUGACUUAUCCGGUUACGAGCGUGGAUGGACUGUGGUUGCAAGUUCGCAAUGGAAACGAAAGUGAAUUUCAUCAGGACCUCACACGAACCAUCGCAUCGCGAUCCGAAAGGGCUUACGCAAGUCAGGUACCACCGCUGCCUGUAAUCGCUACCUCCCAGCACCAACAGAUCAUCAAUCACUUCCAACAGCAAUUGCACCAUCAACAAACACAAUCCCAGCCGCACAGUUUUGCAAUGCCAUCUUCCAACGGAAGCACCUCCAGUUACAUUACUAAAAAGUCCCAAAAUAUGUAUAGCAAUCAGUCGUAUAACAAUAACAAUAAUAACUUGCAGUUGAAGAGCAAGGAAGAUUUGAAAGAUGAUAACAAACAGGAGCUCAACAUGCUGGAUGAAAUUACAAACAAGGUGUUUAACGAGCUAAUGAACGGCAAAAUUGCUAACGGAAAAGUUCCAGACGAUUGCACAUCGGACAGCUCGUCGACUCGGAGAGAUCGUUUCCGCAGGCGGGGUUCCAAUGCCCCGUCGGACAGUGCCCGUGGUGCUAAAAGCAAGAAAUGCUCUACAGCUGGAUCGGAGGAUGGUGGGGAAAGUGUCAGUAACGUUGGAACAAAGAAACCCAUAAUUGCUAAGCUGAAGGCUGGAGUGAAAUUGCAGAUGCCAACGCGUUCACAGAACGAUGAGCUGCUCGAAGGGCUAAAACGUGCGCAACGCUCUCGCUUGGAGGAUCAACGUGGAACUGAGAUAAACUUCGAGCUGCCGGAUUUUCUGAAAGACAAAGAAAAUUUUACAACCAGUGCUCAGCCGGCAGCUACAACUACAGCGCCGGCAAGCAUGCCCGCAAAUAUCACUGGGGUAGCUCAGCCGUCGAAGCUGUCGCGGAAACCCGGCGUGAAGCGACCGGAGUACACAACUAGCGCAUCGGUUGAUUUUCCGCUGAGUUGCAGCACGAAUGGAGGAUCGUUGCAGCAAAUCAAUCGACCACAACCGGCCCCACGGUUGUCCAUCACCUGCACCAGAGGGCUAGGGAGUGGGGGUAGCCCAACGUCUCCUGGUGUUGUCCCUGUUCAUACGGCUUCCAGCGAGAGUAACUUGAACAAUCUUUCGCUACGGUGUAAUGCGUCUCCGUUGAUGUUGGACGACAAUGGCAAUGGAUCGCAGUCGGAGAACAGUUAUGCAGAUACAACCUUAGUUUUCACCCAUGGUCCCAAUGCAUGCAACUCACCCGAAACGUCUCCCACAUCCCGCUCAACGCACCAUCGAGGGUCAACUUUUCAUCUGAACGCAGGCGAUAGCUACGACCCUUUGUCAUCCAGCGCCGGAUGUACGACCGAGUUGCAGGACACGAACCCCUCGGGCAGCUACCAUUCGACUUAUCAUCACCAUCACCAUCACCACCAUCAUCAUCAGCCCGGUAGUAUGACUCAUCACUAUCAACAACAGCAACAGCAGCACCAUCAUCAUCUAACGGCGAGUACCAGCAGCGCUAGCUCAAGCAGUACCAAUAGUAGCAACACCGGUACCACUACCAGCAGUAGCAGUAGCAGCGAUGCGGACAACCAGAAAGGGCCACCACCUUUGCCACCGAAGCCAAAAAUUCUCCCCAUCAAACCGUCCAACUGGGGUCACGCGCCGCCAGGCUCUAGCACUAGUAAUGUCGCGACGGGCAGCAGCAUGAGCACCAGUCUAUGCAACUUAUCAACUAGCUCAAAUGGGAAUGGUGUUAGUGGUAAUAGUAGUAGUCAAAACGGUGUUAGUAAUAAUAACAAUAACAGUAGCAAUAGCAGUGGCAGAGAAAGGCGGUCGUCUGAGCAGCAGGGAGGCUCAUUAGAACGGCAUUCUCAGUCUCAGCAACAGCAACAGCAGGCACAACAGUCGCAGACGAGGAGUCUUUUCUUGGACCACGCAACUAGCAGCUUCGUGUAAAAAGAGUAAUACGGAAUAGGCCAAUUUAAUUUCUACUUUUUAAGAUGUGAACAGAUUUUUUAUACGCUUUUAAAGCUGUUUUACGUAUCCAUUGCUGUGCGCGUAUUUUAUGACCGGAUUUUAUUUAUUUUGCUGUCGAACAUCUGUAUUAUAUUCACUCUGUACAUAUGAAGAUUUAUAUAUUUAAAAUAAAAAUACAUUUUCAUAA